AUGCUAAAAAUUAUUAUUCCAACCAUAAUACUAAUUCCCCUAACAUGACUAUCAAAACCUAAUAUAAUUUGAAUCAAUAUAACAGCCCACAGUAUAUUAAUUAGUUUAAUUAGCCUAACAUAUCUUAACCAACUCACAGACAAUAACCUAAACUUCUCAUUACUAUUCUUCGCAGAUUCCUUAUCAGCACCCUUGUUAGCACUUACAACAUGACUACUCCCUCUAAUAAUUAUAGCAAGCCAGCACCACCUAUCAAAAGAAACCUUAAUGCGAAAAAAACUUUAUAUUACAAUACUAAUCAUACUACAACUAUUCCUAAUCAUAACAUUCGCUGCUACGGAACUAAUCAUAUUCUAUAUUCUAUUUGAAGCCACACUCAUACCAACAUUAAUCAUCAUUACCCGCUGAGGUAACCAAACAGAACGACUAAACGCCGGCUUAUAUUUUUUAUUCUACACUCUAGUAGGCUCACUACCUCUAUUAGUCGCCCUAGUAUGAAUCCAAAAUAACCUAGGUACCUUAAACCUUUUAAUCAUUCAAUAUUGAGCACAACCCCUACUAAAUUCAUGAUCCAAUGCCCUAUUAUGACUAGCAUGCAUAAUAGCAUUCAUAGUAAAAAUACCUUUAUAUGGCCUCCACCUGUGACUCCCAAAAGCCCACGUAGAAGCUCCUAUCGCAGGAUCGAUAGUCCUUGCCGCCGUCCUCCUAAAAUUAGGCGGAUACGGAAUAAUGCGAAUUACCACACUACUAAACCCAUUAACAAACCACAUAGCAUACCCCUUCAUAAUGCUAUCAUUAUGAGGAAUAAUCAUAACCAGCUCUAUCUGUCUACGCCAAACAGAUCUAAAAUCUUUAAUCGCCUACUCCUCCGUAAGCCACAUGGCCCUAGUAAUCAUAGCUGUACUCAUCCAAUCACCAUGAAGCUAUAUGGGAGCAACAGCCCUAAUAAUUGCACACGGUCUAACAUCAUCUAUGCUAUUCUGCCUAGCCAAUUCCAACUACGAACGCAUUCACAGCCGUACUAUAAUCCUUGCACGAGGCCUACAAACAUUGCUACCACUAAUAGCUGCAUGAUGAUUACUUGCCAGCUUAACUAAUCUAGCCUUACCACCUACAAUCAACCUAGUAGGAGAGUUAUUCGUAGUAAUAGCUUCAUUCUCAUGAUCUAACAUCACCAUUAUCCUAAUAGGCAUCAACAUUACUAUCACUGCCAUCUAUUCCCUAUACAUAAUAAUUACCACACAACGCGGAAAGUACACCCAUCACAUUAAAAGUAUUAAACCAUCAUUUACACGAGAAAACUCCCUAAUAGCCCUACACCUACUACCCCUACUCCUACUUUCACUUAACCCUAAAAUUAUUCUAGGCCCUAUUUACU